UCAAGGCGCGCGUGGGCGGAAGCGGCGGCGGCGGCGGCGGCGAAGGCGGUGGCUGUCAGAGCUGGAGGGCCGGGCACCGCGGCCAUGGAGGGUCAACGCUGGCUGCCGCUGGAGGCCAAUCCCGAGGUCACCAACCAGUUUCUCAAACAAUUAGGUCUACAUCCUAACUGGCAAUUCGUUGAUGUAUAUGGAAUGGAUCCUGAACUCCUUAGCAUGGUACCAAGACCAGUCUGCGCAGUCUUACUUCUCUUUCCUAUUACAGAAAAGUAUGAAGUAUUCAGAACAGAAGAGGAAGAAAAAAUAAAAUCUCAGGGACAAGAUGUUACAUCAUCAGUAUAUUUCAUGAAGCAAACAAUCAGCAAUGCCUGUGGAACAAUUGGACUGAUUCAUGCUAUUGCAAACAAUAAAGACAAGAUGCACUUUGAAUCUGGAUCAACCUUGAAAAAAUUCCUGGAGGAAUCUGUGUCAAUGAGCCCCGAAGAACGAGCCAGAUACCUGGAGAACUAUGAUGCCAUCCGAGUUACUCAUGAGACCAGUGCCCAUGAAGGUCAGACUGAGUCCUCCUCGCCAUCCUCAUCACAGCCUCAUUCUAGCCACUGCAGAACGAAGGCCUCAUCAUUGUGUCACCAUGCAUCCCUGCCCUGGGUCAAACGUAACCAUGUAGGCCCUGCAAAGGCUACCAGUCCAUCUCUCCGUCUUCGUCGCUGGCGACCCUUCUUACGCCUACCAUCUUUGGGUCUCCAUUCUGUUGUAAGUUUAGUCAAUCUUCCAUCUCUUCUUCCAGUGACAAGGGCUGUCCUUUUUUUUUUUUUUCUUAAACAACUUCAGUCUUCAGAGUGCUUUUCUCUUGGUUCACUCAACCAUUAACUUUUUCUCCCCCAAUAAGAUUGCAAGCAUAUCUCUAUGCUUUGCAUUCUAGCUUGACUUUUGCCAGUGCCUCAGAACAUCCAUCUUUCCACUCCAUAUC